AUGUCCUGUUGGAAUCGAACAGAAUUGUUGCUAUUCUCUGGUGCUAUUCGAUAUUUCGAAGUUGAUUUUCGUCUAAUGAAAUCUCACAUAUACUCGCUACUUGCACUAUUUAUCGUUAUUGCUGAUGUAUUUGCAAAGGAUGUGAGGAAAUUAUGUACCAACACAUUGGGUAGCAGAAGCUGUGGCCAAUGUAUUAAACAGCAUCCAGAUUGUGCAUGGUGUCUUGAUCCGCAUUUGGUAGGUCCAUCACGAUGUGAUUUAAAAUCUGAAUUUCAAGGCAAAUGCGCUCCAUCGCUUAUCUAUUCACCGACUACAGAAGUUCGAAUUGUACCGCAAAAUAAUUUGCCAUUAGGAAGUAAACAAGCAGAUGGUGUAACGAUUGUACAACUCGAACCACAACAAGUUGUUUUGAGAAUGAAACCUGGUGAUAUAAUGGAAGUACCAUUCAAAUAUCUGCACAGGCCACAGCAAUCAAGUCAGCGUGAUUUCGUUAUACAAACCAGCGAGUUUCGAUCAUUGGGUGUUGGUAUCGACUUUUCCAUUCUUUGCGGAGGCAAGCGAGUGCAAGGGCGGCAAUGUCCAAAUGUUGCGAUAGGUGAUCAAAUCGAAUUUUUCGCGAAAGUAUCCUUGAACGAGUGCAAAUCAGGAGGCGAUAUUGCGGUUUCUAUUGGCGCAUAUGGUUAUCAAACCGUUUCUGCUAUGUAUAUCACACCAUCAUGUGGUUGUGAAUGUGAAAAAGUGCAGAAUCAGGAAAAGCUAUCACCAUUAUGUUAUGGAGCAGGUGAUUUAAUUUGUGGUGUAUGUGAAUGUCAACCAGGUAAAGGUGGAAAUCACUGUGAAUGUGACUUAAAGCAGCACGGCGCCUUAUCAGCUCAGGAAUUGGAAAAUAGAUGUAGAAAAACUCCGAAAGAUUUAGUUUGUAGCGGUAAUGGUCAGUGCAAAUGCGGUAGCUGUGUUUGCAACGUCGAACACGUUCGUGGAGAUUAUUGCGAAUGUGAAAAUAUGUCAUGUCCAACUUCUAAUGACAGAAUGUGUGCAGGCCAAGGUGAAUGCAAAUGUGGCAAAUGUCAUUGUGAAGAAGGUUAUACAGGUGAUGAUUGCUCGUGCACUCUCGAUACUUCUUCAUGUCUAGAAGGCGGAAAAAUUUGCAGUGGACAAGGUAGCUGUGAAUGUGGAAAAUGCGUUUGUUAUGAAGGUUUCACAGGGUUAACUUGUGGAGUAGUGGCUGAAAAUGAGGCAUUAGAUGAUGAAAUGCCUGAAUCAUCUGAUGAUGAGGUAACUGAAAAUAAGGCGAAGGAAGGCGAAGAAUAUGCUGAAGCAACAGAAGGAUAUGAAAUGGAUGGUCAAGAAGGUAUGAAAGCUGGUGAAAUAUUGCCAUCAGUGGAUGAUGAUACUGGUAGUACAUCAGCUGAAUUAACUGAGACAAGAGCUGAAGCUGGUGACAGCGGUAAUGAUGGUGAUAUAACACAUGAAGGACAAACUGCUGGUUGCUUACGGAUAGAAAUUCAUUCAUUCAUUUUAUUAAUAUCAUUAAUGAUGCUUUUUUGGCCUUAA